AUGGAAGUUACAUCAAAUGGCAUUGCAGUUCACAAUUCUUGUAUUAGUCACUGUAUACGACAUGCUUUUGGAGCUUGUGAUCUUGAUCAUCCAGUCACUUGUACAAAAUGUGAAAGUCUUUUUGUUUUUUUUGAAGAACUAAAAGCAGCAAUCGGUGAACAAUAUUCUGAAACACUUGAUGAAUAUCAACAAAAGCUUAUAGCAUGGAUGGCACAUCAUGCUCGUAAAACUUAUCUGAAUAUUCAUGUGCGAACAAAUUUAGAAGAAUUAGAUGAAGAGGGUGCUGUGAUAAUUGUAGAUUACAAGAUGAAAAUUCUACCUCAAAGUUCAAGAGAGACUAAAACAGAAUUUUUUGGUAAAAGAGGUUGGAGUCUCCAUUCUGUCCUUGUAUAUACUAAAAAUACAGAACAAAAUCAAUUGGAUAUCCAAGUUUUUGAUCACUGGUCCAAUGAUACACACCAAGACGCGUGGUUUACCGCAUCUUCUCUCCAUACUGUAAUAGAGACAAUGAAUCCAAAACCUAAAUGGAUAACGAUAAUGUCAGAUAAUGGUAUGCAUUAUCAUUGCACAGAAUUGAUGUUAAUUAUCGGACAAUGGAAAGAAUGGUACAAUAUAAUACCUCGCAAAUGGGUUUUUCUUGAAGCAGGAGAGGCUAAAACUGCUAUCGAUUCCCAUCAUGCACAGAUCUCCCAGGCAAUAAAAAGAUAUGUAAAGCUCGGAUAUGAUGUCAAUGGUGGAAAUGAUAUUGAAUUUGCUAUAAAAGACAUAGCAGGCGCCCAUAUUGCAAAUUUGAAUCCUAAUCAUGAUAAUGAUAAAGCAAAAUUGGGUACAAUAACAGGAAUUUCUAACCUGCAAGAAUGGACCUGGCCCACAGAUGAAGAAAAAGUUGGUUAUAUUUAUGCACGUGCAUUGCCAGGGAUUGGAAAAUGGAAAGAAUGGUCGCCUGAAAAAAUAGAAAAAAUAGUCAAAAAACAAAUAAUUGAAAAACCAAACCCUACUUUUACACCACACACACAAUCCACAAAACAAUGGACCAUGUCCGUUUCAAUUGAUCUAACUAAUCUAGAAAAUGUAAAUAAUAGAACAACAGAAACCAAAAGUCAACUAAUAUUUACCAGCGGAUGGACCCUAAAGGAAAAGGAAAAGACUCAUCAACGUGAUCCAAUGAAAAGAAUGUCUCCUCAAGUGAAGCAUUUAUUAGAAUCUAUGUUUCAUACUGGAACAGCAAAUUUCCUUCAAAAACUGACUGCACAACAGAUGCAAGAAGAACUGUUGAGGCGUGCAGAACUAGGCGAAAUUGAAGAAAAUGACGUACCUAAAGUGUCCACAAUAACAAAUUGGAUAUCAACCUUUUCACGCAAAUGGAAAGAAGCUAUGACCUUGCGAUCCUUAGAAGAAAAUGAAAAUUGA